AUGAAUGGUGAUUCAACGGCUAUAGUUAAUGCUGAAAGUAUUCUUCAUGACAUCGAAAUACUUCUAAAGGAAAUUGAAUCCGGUAUUCAUUCAGAGAACGGACGUGGUUUAGUUCAGAAGAAGAUCAAGAAUGUCACGACAACUAUAAACAGGUUUGAAGCGACUCCAAAGCUUUUGGAUAGCAAAUUGGAAUGGUUAGUAAAGAUGAUCACUCUGCUUUACCUUCAGACGAAGAGAACAAAUGGCAAUCUACUGAAUGAUCUUGCAGAAUGCUUCUAUCAACUUACAAAAGUACGUGGCUAUAAGUUUGUGGUGAACUUCUGCUCUAACGAUGUAUACUUGAUUCCGGAGCUAUUAAGCAUCAUUAGUGGCACAGACAUGGAAAAUGACGACUGUCAAUGCUUUUUGCUUCUUCUUUGGCUAUCGAGAUUGGCCAUGGUGCCUUUCCAGCUUCUGAAUAUCGAAGAAUCAUUGGCUGAAAAGCUUUUCCAACUCUCAAACAGGUUUCUUGUUGUCCAUUCUAGUGCUUCAAGAACCCAGAUUGCGUCCCUGUAUCUUUUAUCAAACUUGAUCAUUAGACUGGAUUGUGCGUCACUACUUAAGAGAUAUGUGCUUACGAUAGCUGACGACUGGUCCUACAUGUCUAACAACAUUAAAUUGGGACACUUAUUAGCGCUCAAUCAGAUAUUGAAGAAUAAGUCAAAUGUGGAAAUUGCGCAUCUUAUCCCAGUUCUCCAAUCAAGCAUUAUAGACUACGAAGUUAUACAAAUAAGGCAUAAUAGAAGGCAUUCUCUAAAUACUGUGAAUGUCUUAUAUAUCAUAAAGGUCUCAACCAAGCUAGCUAAUUUCUACAUUCGAACAAACGACUUUGAACGGGUAUCUGGAAUAGUCAACUUUAUUCUUCUUGAUAUUAUGAACAGCAUGAGUUCUGGUUUCGAUGCUAAACUAAGAGAGUGUACAGCAAAAAGUAUUACAAAGAUUGUCACUUCCCUUUCACUUAAAGCAGUGAACUAUGCCUCACAGUUGAUCUGGUUCAUGAUAGAUCAGCUAAAAAUUCGCAAUUUGAAACUGAACCAUAAAUUCCAGAAAGAUGUGGAAAUCAACCCGCUUGAUUUCCAAGUGGAUAAAUACCAUACUAUACUAUUAUUUGUGGCAUUUUUGGGAAUGGAGAAGAGCGUCCCCCUCGAAGUCAUACCUAUUGCGUUUUCCAUUGUUCAUAAAACGAUAUUUAUUUCUGAUAUCACGUUCUCUCAUGUCAAAGGAUCCCAAAUUCGGGACGCAUCUUGUUUUUGCAUCUGGGCACUUUGCAGAAAGUUGAAACAGAAUGAUUAUGAAUCCUUGUGUCAAUAUAAUCCAGAAAUGAUGGAAUGCCUUCUUCUUGACAUCAUCAAGGUCAUUGUUUUUGAUGCAGAUUUCACUAUACGUCGAUGUGGAAUAGCUGUACUUCAAGAAUUCGUCGGCCGAUUCGGAAAUAUGCUUUUUCAGCACCUCUUACCAGGCCGAACUGCUAAUGAGGUUGGUGAGUUUCUUAUUCGCUUUAUUGAAAUGUUUACGGCAGCUUCUGUUAGUAGACUUCUGGAUUCUCAUAAACUCAUUAUGAAACUUUAUUCUUUGGGUUUUGACAAAGGCAUUUUUGUUGAACCCUUAUUGGAAGAGAUUAUUUUCGAAAGCAACGUAUUUGAAACACGCAAACUUGGUGGAAUUUUUUUGGCUGAGCUUUUAGGAGGAGAUUCAUCCAUUGCAUGUUUGAAUUUGCCCAUAGAGUUUCCAUCUACUGAAAAUGUGGUUAGCAAUAUUUCUAAAGCCAUCAAAAAUGGUAACUAUGAAUGUUUCUAUGCUCUUGCAGAAAUGGUGAAUCGAAAACUUGUGAUACGUCCUUCUAUGGAUCUUCUUGAAGAUAAAUUUUUUGCGCUCGGCCAUCAUCCGAAAGCCCCUGAGAGGGCAGAGAGUAUCUUGCACUUUCUAAUUGCAUUAAUCGAGGCGGAGAUUGCACCCAAAAAUGAAACGUAUCUUUCGGAAGUUUUAUCCCUUUCCCGUGCUCAACCGACAAAGAGUUUAAGCAGUGAGGUGAAAAAGUAUUUGAAAAUCAUUGGUGAGUGUCGCCGAGAGUCCAUCACUUUCCAUGAUUUUGAAAGCAUUUGUCACCGGAUUGCACGGGGAAAUCAACUUCUUGCGGAAGGCGUAACUGCGUUUCCUGUGAAUAAUCAGCAGCUUGAUCUUGUCUUAUUCUUGAUUGAGGACUUCAGUAUUGAUCCGGACAUUCGAUCGAUAUUGAUUAAAGGAAUUCAUGCCUUUCUACAAUGCGGCUUCUCGGCCAAAAUCGAAAAAUCUAUACUUGAGAGUCUUGACGAUUAUACAAAUACUGAUCAAGGAGAUGUUGGUCUGAAAGUUCGAUUGGCCACUUUGUCGCUUCUUGCUGAAAAUGACCAAUUUGCUUUACAACUCGACCGUGGUUUAAAAAGGAGACUUAUCAGGCUUAGUGGAGAAUCAAUGGAUAAAUUGAGAAUUGAAGCGUUCAAGUUGCUAUGCAAAGUGGAUGAUAUUCCAGACUACAAAGCUCAUUAUGAAACUUAUAUGAGCAAUUAUGAAUUGUAUUUCCAGGAUUUCUAUGACUACUACCUGAAAUAUUGUGAUGAGAAGGACCAAUUUUGGGAAGGGAUGGUACAUUCUGCCGGGGCUCUAACUGGAAGCAGUGACCUCAUUAAUGUGUCCUUCCGCUGUGUAUUGUCUUUGUGCUAUUACUCAAGCGAAAGCGAUGUUGAGGAGAUGUUGGCCAUCCUAUUUCGGAUGUUGAAAACUCCUACAAGUACACCACCCGGAUGUGCAACCAUUCGUCACCAAAAGACUACAAACUGCGCUCUCAUGUUAGUUGGGAAGCUACUUGAGGCAGAAGUCGAGCUCCCAAAAGACACAAACUACGAGGUUCUAUAUGUUCGAACUUAUAACCUACACAUCAAAGGUGCUAACGUGAAACGCAUGGGACUUGCGUUGAAAAUCUUUCAGCACUUGAGCACGUCUUUAUCGGUGGCUAGUGACAUUCAGCAAAAAUGCCGCAAAAGGAUAUGGUGGUUGGCGUCUCAGCAUAAGAGUGCAACUGUUCGGGUUAUGGCUAGCAAGUCAUUGUUUGAGAUUUUAAAUGAGCUUGACCCAACGUGCCCAUUAAUGUCCAAAAUUGAUACUUGUGACUGGCGGGAUCAAGAAGAAGCUUCGAGACUACAAGUGGAAAGUACCAUACUUGGCUUAAGGUGUAUAUAA